AUGAAAAGAAAAAAAAUGAAAGUGUACGGAAGCAUACUCUCGUGCGACACUCUUAGAAUAAAUGAUGAAAUAGAAAAAGUCAAGAAAAUGGGCGUGCACGGCCUGCAUUUGGAUGUGAUGGAUGGGGUCUUUGUGGAGAAAAUAGGGUUUAGCGAGGACACUGUGAAUAGAAUAUCCCGAGAGCACCCGGAUCUUCUGAUAGAGUGCCAUCUUAUGGUGGAGGAUCCUCUCAGAGUCCUCAGGAAUAUCGAGACGCAGAGGCUCCACAGAGUGAUUAUUCACCAGGCAGAGAGAUUUCUGGAGGUGAGUGCGUACGUGCAGGAGCACGGGGAGUGCAGAGUUGGGGUGGCCGUGGAGAGCGGAGACGAGCUUUUGAAAGUCCCUGCAGGCGUGAUCUCGCGCGUGGAGAAGGUCCUUGUAAUGGGGGUCCGGCCUGGGAGAGGCGGGCAGAGGAUGCGGGAAAGCCUCAGAAGGGACGUGGAAGUGGCCCUUAGAAGGUGCCCGCGUGCAGUUGUUGGAGUCGACGGGGGCGUGAACGAAAGCACGCUCGCACAGGUGGAGGGAGCGCAUGAGGUCGUGAUGGGGUCUUGCCUCUUCGAGCCGCACGGGGAGAGAAAUGUCGUGGCAGCGCAGAAGAGGCACCCAUCACGCGAGCAGAGAGAGUGA